AGACAGCAAAAAGAUUAAGAUUUAAGUAACAAAUCAGUGUUUUGGAAUGUAAAUUUCAACGGAGCGUGAAAUAUACAAUUUCAUUAAUCACAUGCAAAUUUGCUUUAAUUUAAUGUCCGACUAUUAAUACCAACUGGUUUCUUAUUCCACCUCAGACUCCUACGCAGUGAUCUCCCAUAUGACGAUAGCCUUCGUUAUAUUGUAUUGAAAUGGGCUUGGAAAGAGGGAAGUACAUUACAUUUCAGCUAUUCCUUGAAUUAAAUAAAAAGAAUUCAAAAUGCAUUGUAUACAUAUAGAUUAAUAGAAGACAAAGGAUGUGUGUAUCGCAUAAUUGGAUAAACUGUUUAUACCAGUGUUGUCGGGUAAAUAGACCGGCGUUGUUAUAACGCGUUGUUUCAAUUGUGAGUUGUAAAAGAUUUACGCACUAGAAAUGGAAUAAGUGGUAAAAGAUUAACGCACUAGAAAUGGAAAAAUACGAGGAAAUGUUAGAUAUUGCAUUUGCAAUGGAUUGCACAGCAAGCAUGGGAAUCUAUAUAGCUGUUGCUAGGGAGAACAUAAUACAAAUUGUUAGGGAUAUAAAACAACGUAGGCAGUGUGACGUCAGACUUGCUUUAGUUGAAUAUCGUGAUCAUCCACCGGCAGAUGAAACCUUCAUCACCCGUACACACGACUUCACACAUAUUCCAGGAGAGAUGAGAAAGUGGUUGUAUGCGUGCGAUGCAGCUGGGGGUGGAGACCUCCCGGAAGCUGUUGCAGACGCUUUACAAGAAAUUCUUUUGUUAAGUUGGAGAGAAGAUGCUACGAAGAUAUGUGUGUUUAUAACAGACGCCCCGCCUCACGGACUUGGAACAUUUGCUGAUAAGUUUCCUGGAGGAUGUCCAGAUGGACUGGAUCCACUGGUUAUUUGCCAAGCGCUAGCUAAAGCAGGUAUUGCAGUGUAUGUAGCGGGUUGUGAACCAAGUAUCUGUGCGUAUAAAGACUUUUACUUGGCUCUUACACAUAUUACAGGUGGACAAUACGUACCUAUGGAAAAAUCUGACUCGUUAGUAAAACUGAUUACAUAUGGAGCUAUUGAAGAAUUGUCACUUAGAAAAUUUGAAAAUGAAGUUGACGAAAUUGUGCGAGCUCAAAUAAUUAAAGGUCGUGCGCUUGAUGAGGAAUAUGUAGCACGACAGUUACAUAUACAGAUAACAAAACGUGGAGAAAAAGUAUCACAACUGCAAAUGAAUAAGAAAGAGCUGGCGUCAGCCAUGUCUUCCAAAUUUGCCAGGUCUUUGACGACAAUGAAAUCUUUUUCUGAGAUCCAAGAUGUUUACAAACUCCCUAAAGAAUUAAGAUUGUCGGCUAUAAAAGAUUUACAACUCAGUGUGCCCGAUUCAGAUCGUCUCUCUGUAGCUGGUGACUCAGACACGGUUUCGCUAAACACCACACAAACGCCCGAUUCUGCAAGAUAUUCGCUUGCUGGAGAUGAGUAUCGUAGCAGUGAUUCUUUGUCACCCGGGACAGACAAGCUAGUUGAUAAAAAGGUUAAAAGAACUGUCAGCAAAACUAAAGGCUUAAGAGGUGUACUGCCGCCGUUGGAGGAAUUAAUGACUUCUUCGAGACCAGGUAGUGCAGAUUUACCGACUCGUCGAUGUGGCGUAGACGGAGUGUUGAGACCGAAAUCAAGUGACGGCGCAAAGCACGUAACCAAAUCAACUGCAGACAAAACUCCUUCUGUAGACAAAGGCAAUGAUCUAGAAAGUGUGGAAGCUAACUUGUCAUUAUCUCAGUCUGUCAGAUUGGUGCAAAGAUCUCUUCAAAAGUUUAAAUAAGUAAUCCGAUAUUCUUCGAAUUUUGCUACUUAAGACAGUGCAUUCCCCAACUCUCUCACCUUCAUACCGAAACCCUCGAGUAGUACUUGUUUGAAUGUAUUUCGUGAAAAUUUACAUAAAAUAUACAAAAAAGUGAAACAUAAACAUCGACCACAAAAAAGACAAAUAAAGGAACACAGUGGGACACUGUUUUCGAACGGUCAGUGGCAAACAAAAACAACCGAAGAGUUUAGACCGGUUAAUGGAGCACCAAAUCUCACCCUCAACCCUUACAUCACGGUUAAAAAAACGUGUCUUUUUGAUUAUCUAGCGGGGAAAGACAAUGUUAUUCGGGUAGUACAACAGUUAUUCUAGCAAAACGAUUAGCUACACGUGCUCAUAAUUUUAUCAGUGUCAUAAUUUGACGUUAUAUUUUGACGUCUAAGCGUAUGAGAGAUUUUUAAUGUAAAAGAUUUUUGAAAAAUGUUGCAAUAGUAUUAAUGGUAGGCAAUAUAAAUAUUAUCUAACAUGUCUGUCUGAAUAAGUACAAUUGUUAUAAGUUUCAAUCCAUUCCAACUAGCGAGUAGAGCUGCUGAGAUACCAUGCUUACAUACAAAAACUUAACCAAAAACGGAUGAAGACAAAACACUGACCGGACCACUAAAAUUAACAAACUACUGACCGGGACAGCGUGGAUAAAAAUCCUCGCUAUCGCUCUGCUGUUCCACGGCCUUUGGGAAACAGUCUUACGAGAUGAACUACGAUUACGUAGGAAUCAUCAAUUCAUGCUAUUCUUUAAAAUUUCAUUGGGCCAUAGUAUGUUUUUCGGCGACGCCGUCUAAAUUCGUUUUCGUUACCUAUGCCACGUGACUUCAGUUUGCAAAUCAAACUACUUGAUAACGCAUUAUAGAUAUUUUAACAAAAUGGAAGAUUUAUGCAACACUCUGCCUGAUUGGACGAGAGUGUCAAUUUCUUUCACUCUGUUGAUUGUGCUACGCUGAGUGAAAUGUAGACAAAGUGUUUAUCCUAAACGACGCUGUUCACAGUUUUAAAGCUAACUUUGGCUCAGUAUAUUUAGCAAGAAUAUUGAUAUAUCUCAAAAUGAUAAGUAAGUUUAAUAAAUAUGAUAAAAACCUGUUCAAAUACCAACAUAUAUCAAAUUAAAGAAAGAGCUGAAUACGGUCUGCGUAUCACAUGAAUAAGGGUGUGAUAAGAGUCUUUUAUGUAGAGAAGUGCUUUUUAAAAGAUUUUCCUUGAUAAAAUUGUCGCCUGUAUAAGAAAAGGUUUCUUGCUUUUGUGACUUAUUCAGAUUGCAUAUUAAAAUGAAUACUUGUUUGCUUUGAUAUAUUUGUUAUAAAUUAUUUAACUGAUUUAUUAUAUAUGAAUAUUUUUCUUUAGUAUGGUAUGCAAAUAUUGAACUCAGUUGAAAUCUGUUUUAUUAUAUAUAUGCUAUAUAAUGAUUGAAUCUCAUUACACUGAAAUGAAGGUACGCUGCAUACAGUUUAUCUAUGUGAUAUGACUACGGUCAAACUUCACUUAUGAACUUCACAUAUGAAACAGAAAUAUUGAAAUAAUUACAAUUGUAUGUUUUGCUUGACCUUCACUUUUUUUAUAGGUGUGACGUCAUUGUCCAAAGAUUGAUGAAUAGCGAAUAUUCAUUUGUUAAAGCGGGAUCAGUUGGUCUAUUUUAGAAAUAAAUAAAAAUAAUAAAUAAACAAGAAAUAUCUUUAAAAAUGAUGGUCGGCGAAUUGUAAUAAGGAAAGAGGUUUGUGAAAUUUUCAUCUAACAUUCAUCUUUCAUCUAACAUUUUUCAAAUUGCAAGACUAAACACCGCACUUUAACAAUUUAAAUGGUUCUCUUUUAAUUUUUCGCAAAGGUUUUGUAGGGCUGCAAUUUUGUUUCGUUUAUCCUUAGACGAAUAAUUACAGCAGUAGUUUGAUGAAGAUUCAUGAAGCGGUUCAUGAGAAGAGGUCAUUAAACGUGUUUAUAUUUUUAGCUAAAUUGGUCCCUAUCCCCAUUUGUAACAAAAUAGCAGGAGACCUUACGAUAUUGUUACACAUCGAGUUUGAUAAAAAUCCAUUACAUUUUAGUGGUUAAUGCGAAGAAAGGCAUAUCUACUUUUAGCUAUGGUGGUCCCUAAUAGGGCCCAAGUUCCUAUAUAAAUAAAUUUGGAAGAGGACCUUAUAAUGAUGCUCCAGACCAAGUAUGACAAAGAUCCGCCAAGCUGUUCAUGAGACGCUGUAUAAAGGCAUUUCUAGUUUUAGCUCUAGCAGCCCCUAAAAGGGGUUAAAUGUCCCAGCUGAAUAAAGUUGGUUGCGGGCCUAAUAAAGAUGCUACAAAUCAAGUUUGGUUAGAAUACAUGAGAAAAAAUCAAUUAAAGGAUUUUUUCUAUUUAUUAUUUUUAUUUAUUUCUAAAAUAGACCAACUGAUCCCGCUUUAACAAAGCCAUAUCCGCUAUUCAUGAAUCUUUGGACAAUGACGUC